CAUGACUUUUAUAAUCUGUAUUACAAAUGGGCUCUCGAAUAAUCUGUCAAUAGUAUAGUUAUCAAAAUUUUAUCAAAACGAGUCUGAAAAUAUGAAUGAUAACAUGUGUUUCGCGACUGUUUCAUUUAACUUACGGUCAAAAUAGACAUCUUUGACUGCGUCGGUAGACGUGUUAAGAUCAAUUUCGGAAUCUUGGUUACACGAAAAUUCAAUCCAAUACCUCCUCCGGCUUGUUGAAAUAAUGAGCUCGGUGUUAUGCUGAACUUGUCAGUUCAUUGUUUACAAUCAUUCCAAUAAGAAAAUAGUUCCACAAAAAGUGAAAAAAAUGGCAAGAUAUUUUGAAAACACGUCUACCUUUAACUUUAGUUGGGAUCAAGUAACCCGCGGGUACUGGAAGAGGUACCCAAACCCUCAGAGUACCCAUGUCCUGUCAGAAGAUACAUGGAGCAGAGAAGUGAAAGAUGGAUGUCUAUACACAAAGAGAGUUUUAACCAAGACAAAUAGGGUGCCUAAAUGGGGAGAGAGAUUUUUCAACGCGAAAUCAGUGAAGAUAAUUGAGGAGAGCAUCGUAGAUCCAGAGAAGAAAAUAUUUGUGACCUACACAAGGAACCUAGGAUAUACAAAAGUUAUGAGUGUGGUGGAACGCGUGGAGUACCGCUCGGCAGGCCCGGGCCAGACUGUGGCGCGUCGCUCUGCCUGGAUCGACUCGCAAGUGUUUGGUUUCUCGCGAGCCAUCCGCGCGUUCGGAGUCGACAGGUUCAAGAAGAAUUGUAACCAAAUGGUAAGCGGGUUCAACCACGUCCUGCACAGCAUGUUCCCGCGACAAGUUCCGUCGCAGCACAGUAUGACGCACACGCUGAAGGAGAUGCGCGAGGCCGCCGCCGCCGCCACCGACCGCGCCAAGGCCAACGUACUGUCCAGCGUCAACCGGACAUAACCCGACGCCGACUGACCUAGGAGCUAAGGACAUUGUGACUGAGAUCGUCAGACCACUCGUACACAACCUAACCUAAGCCUAAACUAGUGAAAAAAUGGAGUGACCAGAUUGUGUUUCUAUAUUGGUCAAUACGAAGCUAGCAUCCCGGUUUGGCGACAGUGAACCAAAUAAAAAGUGUUUGUAGCAAAUUAUUGUUAGUGAACACUCCAUUUUUUAAUCGUCCGUGGCAAAGUGUCGCCUUAUGGGGAAGUACAACAGAAGAUUACGCAAGUGAAGAACUGCUUUUAGAGGUUUAUAGUAUUCAGAGAUAUAGAAAUUGUGUUUUAUUGUGAAGAGGUCUAUCGAGAGUAUCUAGCACUAUGGCUUAUUGACAAUAAGACUUUUAAUGGGCUCUCUUUUCACUGGUGUUUGUAUUUUGUAAUCUCUGGCUUUAGAAGUACGUAGAACGAAAGUA